AUGUCCGGUUCCCUGCCGGGAGGUGCACCGACCCAGAGCAAGGCGCUCCAGGAGCAACAGGUGGGAAAGGGAGAAACCUGGAAGCGGGCCACGCCUAAAGGCAUCUCUUGUAUAUUGCGAGUUCACGGAACUUUUAACCGGCCGGAAAACGUGCAAGUCAGGAUGCCUUUGCUUAUUCCAAGGCCUGUGUGGCCGUUCGGACCCCCCCCGCGGGGCGUUUGCCGAAAGCCUCGCAGACACGGCGUCCUCGAGGACGGAGCUGGCGUCUUCUGGGCUUUUCCAGCCGCGCCCCGGCGCUCGGCUGCCCCCCCGCAGGCGCCUGUGCGUGCGCGGCGGCCUGAUUGUAAGUGGCUGCUUUUAUCGACCAAUCCGGUCGUCGCCCGGCCGAUUCCCCUCUCGCGCCCGGCCAAUGGCGGGGGAAGCCCGCGCCGCCCGCGCCGCUGCGGGCAGGCGCUGGGCUUAAGUUGCGGCGGGAGGCGCAGGGGCUCAGACCGCGCUGGGCGGCCGCCAGCUCGCACCUGGCACCUGCACCUGCUGCUACCUGGCACCUGCUACCUGCCCGGCGCGGCCCGCGGUCGGGAUCCGUCUAGCGCCGCGUUCCCUCGCGGGGGUGUGUUGGGGGGACCCCUCUUUCCGACUGCCAAAAUGGUUAUCAAAGUGUUUGUUGCCACAUCUUCUGGGUCCAUAGCGAUUAGGAAGAAGCAGCAAGAAGUAGUGGGCUUUUUGGAAGCUAAUAAGAUCGACUUUAAGGAAUUAGACAUUGCUGGAGAUGAAGACAAUAGGAAGUGGAUGAGGGAGAAUGUUCCUGGAGAGAAAAAACCUCAAAACGGAAUCCCUUUGCCCCCCCAGAUCUUCAACGAAGAGCAGUAUUGUGGGGAUUUUGACUCUUUCUUCUCUGCAAAAGAAGAGAAUAUUAUUUAUUCAUUUCUGGGUUUAGCUCCCCCUCCAGGCUCAAAGGGAACAGAGAAGACUGAAGAGAGUGGAGAAAAUGAGGCACAAAAAGAGGACAAUGAAGAUGCGGGCAAUCUAGCCGAAUCUCAAGAGAAGAAUGAAGAAUCAGGAGAGACAGCGACAAAGAGGCCUGGGGUGGAAGACUCGUGUCGGCAGCAUGGCGUACCGCCUCUAGCGGGCGACGGGAGAAGGGGACCAGUUCAGGCCCGUUUGACGGUGUCGGCACGGUCCCGGCUGCCCGGCUCUGGAGCCGCAGGGCUGCUGAGCUCUGUGGACCCGUGCCCGGCGUGCGAGGCCCCCGGCUGCGACCUGCAGAGCCCGCUCCUGUCAUUGUGCCUCCUGAUGCCUGAGUUCACCAUGGGCUGGUCCAGCCCCGACGACAGGCGCACCAGGCUAAAGGUACACUAUAAAAUGAUUGAGCUACAUUAUGAGCUCCUCACUAAAAUUUUGGCCGACACCCAGCAUCACUCCUCUGCGUAUCUUCAGACCCGGUCAAGUUCUUAUGUUGGAGGCUGUGAAUGGGGCCCAGGAGAGCCUGGGGUUGUGACAGUGGCUGACAAACCUUCAGCCCAAGGACCCAUGAAGGAAAGAGUUAUUCAAGAUGUGGGCUUCAACUUCUGGGUUUUACGGCUCACCACAGGGUUCGCCAUGGGAUUGACAAAACUUUCUGCUCUGUACACAGCAUCCAACUGUGGCAAAGGGAAGAAGGUAGACUGCACCCACAGUGUGUCCACCUUGGACCCCAGGGGGCCAGAUGGCUGUUUGGAUCUGGAGGUGUCAUUCCACUGCACCUUCUGGAACGCCCUGGAGCAGAGGUGUCCCUUCCGCUCCUCCUUGCCCCUUCCAGACCUCCCUAAACUCCUCAGCUCUGAAUCUCGCGUCAUCAGACCACAUCGAUUCCAGGAGUGUGCCCCUUCUCAGACUCCCGCCACCCUUCCUCCAUCCUCACCCUCAUCCAACGGCCUUGCCUCCUCCUUCCUGCGAGUGUUGGAUAGAACAUCGAUAUCCUCCUGCCACACCUGCCCCGGCCCGUGCGUGUCCGUGUGCCACGCCACAGAGGAGCUGUCUAGGCUUCCAGUCUCUGUCGUCACGACCACCAAUGGUGGCGCCAACUUACCGAGGCAAGGUUGGUACAAGCGGGUGACCAGGCUCUUGGUGUCCCUACGUCUCCAUCAUCUCCCUGGCUUGGAACUUCUGUCCUUAAGAUACAAGACUGCCCUUUCUAGCCCCACUCUGAACGUGGAUCCCUUCACUGGCUGGGAAGAUGUGAACGCGGGGCCAUCUGUGCCCCAGCCUGGAGGUGUGACGGGCACAGCCUUGUCGUGUUAUAACCACGUGGGCCAAUCUGAGAUUAAGGAAAAGAAAUCGGAUUACUUUGGUCUGGACAGGUCCCUGGGGCCCUGGGAAUUUCAGAGUGUUCUCGAAGUUAACUUUGGGACCGUCCCCUGGGAGGCCCGGAGGAGGGUAAACUCAAAGAAUCGGCCCAAGGGGAUAGAAACAAAUUCCACCAUGGGGAAUGUCUGGUGCUCCUCGAAGGAUGCUCUUCCCCUCGGGGCUACGGAGGCGGCACACCGCAGACAGCUCCUGUCGCCACGCCUGGCGCUCUCCUGGGUGGUCCUGCCACUCCCCCGCGACCGGCGCAGGGCUGCUGGCUGA